CCGCCGGCCCGCGGCGGGCGCUGUGAACGAAGAAGCCAGAGCUGCGGAGGGAUGGACCCGGUGGUGGGCGGCUUCUCGGAGGGGCAGUUCCUGGAGGCCUGCGCCGAGCUUGAGCGGCCGGUGUUGGCUGGGGCCGACUGGGAGCUGCUGGUGGAGUCCUCGGGUAUCAGCUUGUACGGGCUGCAUGACCAGGAAACGGGGCUUUAUGAGUAUAAAGUCUUCGGCGUUCUGAAGAAUUGCUCACCAGCUCUACUUGCAGAUGUCUAUAUGGACUUAGCCUACAGAAAACAGUGGGACCAGUAUGUUCAAGAACUCUAUGAACAAGAAUGUGAUGGACAGACUGUGGUCUACUGGGAAAUAAAGUGCCCUUUCCCCAUUUCCAACAGAGAUUACGUCUUCAUCCGGCAGCGGCGAGAGCUGGACGUGGCCGGGCGGAAAAUCCACGUGGUCCUGUCCCGGAGCACCGUUGUGCCUCAGCUUGGUGAGAGGUCAGGGGUGGUCCGGGUGAAGAAGUACAAGCAGAACCUGGCGAUUGAGAGUGACGGCAAGCGGGGCAGCAAAGUUUUCAUGUAUUACUUCGAUAACCCGGGUGGCCAAAUUCCGUCCUGGCUCAUUAACUGGGUCGCCAAGACCGGAGUGCCAAACUUCUUGAAAGACAUGGAGAAAGCCUGUCAAAACUACCCCAAGAAAACCUAAGAAAGAGAAUUGGUAGCGUUGCAUCUAUAGGACGAUGUCUCCGGAAGUGCCACCACCCACUGACGCCCAGCCUUCCUCUCUUGCUUCCGUUUUGAGAGGCCUGCACACUCUAGUGCUAAGUUCCUAGCAUUUCGCCUGACAUUGAGCUUACCUGACCCACCUGCUUCCUUUCUCACUCUGCCUACCCUGGGGUUAGCUGCCUCUUCUAUGAUUGAAUAUGAGAUUGAAUAGGAGUGGAUUAGGGGGACCUUUGCUUGUUGACUUUUAAGAAGAGACGUCUUCAGUAGGGAAUACAAUCACUGCAUUGUGCCAUUGUAGGGGGAUGGGUGGGUGGAAAGCCAACAACAAAACAUAAGAGUGACAUUCCUAGCAAGCUGGCUCCUUCUGAGAAUGGGAUUUCUUCCAGCCUAUGAGGAGCCUUUGGAAGUGUCAUCCUAUUCAGAGUUGACUUUAAGUGCACUCAAACUGGAAGACAUACAUAGUCAAUGACCAUUUGCCUUAUGCUUUGCUGAGUUGAUUAGGCUGGAAUUUGAGGGGAUGACCCAGGCAGUCUUUGCUCGUCCUGUGCAGAAUCAUUAGCUAUCUCAAACAGCUUCGCAACCUGGGAGAAGCUUUGCAAGCCUGAGUGAGCAUGUAAUGGCAUAACCGUUUUUCUUAAUUGUCCUUGUCUGUUUUUUUCUUUUACCAUAUACCACUGGAGAAAGGCUGCCCAUACCUCUUUAGCUCUGCAUUGUACUGGAAACUGAGGCAUCAAGGUGGCUGUAACAGCUAGGAAGGCAAAGCUGCGUUGUGCAUAGUGUGGUGAUAAAACGUCUUCCCGUGCAAUAAGCUGAAUUUCCCUUCUAGAUUUGGAGAUGUAGAGGGAUAAGCGUUCACAGCCAGGUACAAUUUAAUCUGUGGCUUGGUUGGCUCUGCACCUUUUUCUCAGGAAUUCUCCCCCAUUUGUCUCUAUUUUCCACCACAGAAAGUUUCAUUUGUUUUGUCCCCAGUUUUGGUACGGUACAUGCUAUCCAUUAGCCAAAGGCACAACCAUGAUGAUCUCAGGGAAAAAUUUUAAUCACUGUGUGUAAUGGUACUGAACCUUGAUUAAUGAGCAUAGAAAUUCAGGUUAUAAAGCCAGAGGAAAGGAUUUAUUAAAACGGGAUACCUCAGACUGUGUGUUUUCUUUAUGGGAAAACAAAGGCUAUUCUAUCAUGAAUAAAUAUUGAGUGGCUU